AGUAUAGCAGAGGAAGGCGUAGUGUUUGAGAUAUUCCUCGUCUUUAAAAUAGCCUAAGUGGGUCGCUGCAAAGUGCCCCCUCAGUAUUUUUCCUCUCCCAUACAGCCAAGGGUCUACCUUAUUAACUCAAUGACUCAUAUAGCGUACACAUUGAGGCGUAGGCUAUCUGUCAUUUUGUGCCAGUGGUCACAUGGCUUUGGCCCUCAGGAAUGGAUAGAGAUGGAUCCCCACGUCAGCUUGUACGUCUAAGGAUUUCUGCUCCUCCAGUCUGCCUCAAUGUGACUGGAGCGCAGCGCCGCAGAGGAACUAUGUGAGGAUUAUCGUAGGUAGGUUUCCAACAGCAGACUAUGGAUUUUGAUGAUCGGAUCUGUGGCUCUAAUAUGUAUUUACCGAGCUGCACUUACUACGUCUCCGGAGCAGACUUCACCGGACUCCCUCAUUAUUUAACUCAAAGUCAGUCCUCCUGCCCCAUGACAUACUCGUACCAGCCCUCAGCCCUGCCACAGGUCCCGUCGGUGAGAGAUGUGGCUUUCAGAGACUAUGGCAUUGAUACUUCUAGUAAAUGGCACCACAGCAGAGGGAGCCUGUCUCAUUGCUACGCGGAAGACAUUGUGCACAGGGACGGCUGGACGAGCCCGAGCUCAAGGGGGGGUGAAAUCCUGAUGAAAGGAAGCUCCAGCGCCAGCCAAUCCAGCUCCUCUAAUCCGACGCCGAGCUUCCAUGGCAGCGUUGGCAGGAACGGCGUCUUGCCUCAGGCGUUCGACCAGUUUUUCGACACUGCCUACGGCAGCGCAGAGAACAGCACAACACCGACAGCACAAGCAGCAGACACGGACACACAAGACGUCAAAACAAGUCCCGCUCCGGCUCAGCCGGGCUCGGACACGGCGGAGAGCUGCAGUCCGAAGUCGUCUUCCGGCCAGAGCGACGAGAAACAGAGCAAAAACAGCGGUGGCCAGAGGACGCGCAAGAAGAGAUGUCCAUAUUCCAAGUAUCAGAUCAGGGAACUAGAGAGGGAAUUCUUUUUCAGUGUUUACAUCAACAAAGAGAAGCGUCUGCAGCUCUCACGGAUGCUCAAUCUGACAGAUCGUCAGGUCAAAAUCUGGUUUCAGAACAGGAGGAUGAAGGAGAAGAAGCUGAACAGGGACCGUUUACAGUACUACACCACAGCUCCCCUGCUAUAAAAUACUGAACAAAGACUGUCACUGGCAUGCAGCCAUGCACCCUCGACACUAGACUGCACGUCUAUAUCAUUACCUGGACAGGAGUCCAGUUUUCUCCAUGUGCCAGACUUGAUAAAACCUCUGCUAUUUAUACACUCUUUUGUCAUU